AUGGCUCCAGUGGCGAGAUCUUUCAGCCGAUUAGCAUUGUCGUGCCCCAGACAAGCUGCCUCGAGGCGCACUACAUUCCUACAGACGCACCAGUCAUGCUCGACAUUCAACCAACAGAGACAACAGCCGUUUUCUGCUGCUUCUACACAGCUAGCUCCGGCGAGUGAAACUCAAGGACCUGGCAGUGCGGCACUUGAUACCGCAAUUCCACCUGACCUGCAACGGGAAAUCAAACAAGAAAUCCGCAGUAGCAUCCGGGAACUGCGAAAGCAGGUACGAGAUGUUGUCCCUACGCCACCGAGGUAUAGGAACGGCUUCUGGAGUGAGGGUGAGAAGGACGACCUCAUGACGCAGGUAGAGGACGGUGAUGAUGUGUUUGGCGAGGAUGAUAUGACAUCCAUGGCGCAUACAGAGCUAGAGGAACACCGUGAGCUCAGAGAAUAUGCGCGUAUCGCAGCCUGGGAUAUGCCUUCCUUGAGUGCUCUUGCAAAACCCUUCACACUUCCGCCACAAACUCAUAUUCUCCGUUUCCGACAAACUACCUACUUGGGUGAAACGCAUCCUGCGGAAACAAAAGUAGUCGUUGAACUAUGCUCCAAAGACCUUACACCGAAAUACCUCACCGAAGGGCAAAGAAUUACCCUUCUAAAACUUGUUGGACCACGCUACAACCCAGACUCAGACAUCAUCCAUAUGUCUUGCGAGAAAUUCCCUACCCGUGCCCAGAAUAAGCGAUAUCUCGGCGACCUAGUUAACACACUUAUUAAGGAGGCCAAGGAAGGCGACUCAUUCGCUGAUAUCCCAUUGACAUUCCCCCAUCACAAACCCAAGAAGAGAUACAUAUUCCCAGAAGCAUGGAAAGUGAGCGAGAAAAACCAGAAGCAGAUAGAGGAAGCAAGGCAUCAGAUUGAGGAUAUAAUGGCCAAAAAGGGUAUUGUGGAUGGGAACGAAGUUAUUGCGCAGGCCGCGAAGACGAUUCCUGCCCUAGGCUCGAUGGGCCAGCUUGCCGCACAGACAAUUACGGUAAAGAAAGGGCCAAAAGCCCGUGGGCCGAAGGGGAGAAAUUGA